AUGCUCUCCGCAACUCCCGCGCGACAGCGCACCUCGAUAUCUCAAUCUCGUCCCCCACCAAGCGGUGCGCACGCCCAAGCAAGACAAAAUGCCCAAGGAAGACAAGAGCCAGAACUGCCCGAGUAUCAGCCUCCUGAGUUCAUAAUCUCACCCGAAGCCAAUCGAAAGCUUCGCGCCCUCCUGGACAUGCAAUACCUCGAAGUUGCCAAAAAACACAUCCACGAUGCAGGCAUGCAGAUCACCUAUUCUGCGGGCGAAGUGAGCGAUCACCUCCGGGACGCGCAAACUCGUUACCAAAAGUCGAAAGAGAAGCGUCGCAAUGACGGAGACGGCCAGGAAGAGGAUGCGGAAGCCGGGGACGAGGCUUACCGGCGUCUUGCGGAACAGGAGCGCAAAGUCGGUGAAAUCAUGGGCCGUCUGGAGGAGAGGAUGCGUCACAUGGUCGAUAGUGAUAUGAAGCUUGUGCGGAUGACGGAGUCGUUGAAAGAUAUUGACAAGGAGGAGGCUCAGAGACAACAUGCCAUAUUGGGUGCGCGGCAGACGCGCAGCCAACGAAGGGAACGACGACCGAUUGAUUCUGAGGAUGAGGAUGCAGAGGAAGAUGAUCCGGCCCGAGAGCCUACGCCUGUGCGGGAGAUUCGCGAGGCGAAUGCGCAGAAUCCGCCCAGUCGAAGGUUGAAUGCCUCGCUGGCUGAAGGACAACAGAAAUGGGAGGAACUCUCUUUGACUCAACGCUACGCUAACAACAACGACUACACCGGGUUCUACCGCGUGGUGCAUGACUCCAAAUACCCCGGAGACGAAGCACCUCCACUGCCACACUCUUCCACCUGGUUCGCACACAUGGAGGAUCCUCAAAGCGCCGCGAGAGACUCCCCAGAUCAAGCUUCAAGCGGACGAACACGCAAUCAGCGCCAGCCUUCACCAGUAGGGUCCGACGACAUUGCUAUCGAUCGCGAGAAGAUCUCCAUGAACUGUCCCCUUACACUGCUCCGCUUUAAAGACCCCGUGAUCAGUAAAUGUAAGCAUCGCUUCGAGCGCGACGCCAUCAUGGAGAUGAUAACACAAGCACGUCCGAUGCCCGUGCCUGGUUCACGGGCUCGUCAAAAGGCGGUCAAGUGUCCCAUUUGCGGAACGCCUCUGACCGCUGAAGAUUUGGCCUUUGAUCGUGCCAUGAAGCGCCGAGUCAAACGUGCCGAGGAGGAAGAAGCUCGACGAGCAGAGAACAGCGAUUCGGAUGAUGACGAUAGCGACGAUCGGCCGUCGAAACGAGAGCAAAUCACAUUGGCUAGUGACGCGGUAGAUCCAGAUGACGAUGCCGUGGAUAUCGAUCAGCGGCCGGCAGGAACACAGAUCAAAUCUGAGCCAGUCCCGAGCGGUCAAAGGGAAUCAUUGGGGACGAGCGAAGAAGAUGGGGAGGACGAUGAGGAGGAAGAGGAAGUAGAAGAAGAGGAAGGGGAAGAAGAAAACGAGAGUGAGAUGUAG